UCAGUGUUCCUGUUUUACCUCUCAGACUGACUUCAGAUCAGAAGAUGAGUGAUUUGGAGGAAGAGGAGGACGGAGCAGAGUCUGUAGUAUCUGGCUGUCUGUCUAUGAAGAGUGACUGGUCAAUACCACGACCUCCAGACUUCAGUAAAGAACCUGGACCCUCAGACACAAAAAAGAGGAAGAGGAGUGAUGUUUGUGAGGAGGAGCAGCCGUCCUGCUGUGCUUUGUGUCAGGACGUCCUGAAGGAUCCAGUCUCUACCAGCUGUGGACUCUGGUUCUGCAGACAGUGCAUCACCUCAUACUGGGACCAGUCUGCUUCAUCAGGAGACUCCUGCUGUCCCCAGUGUGAAAGAUCCAGAACAAUGUACGUUGUUAAACAUAAACAUAAGAUCAGUGUGAAGGGAACAUAUGAACGUGUGACUGAAGGAGCUGAUCAAACAGGAAGUGGAACCCCCCUCAACAGGAUCUACACUGUGCUCUACAUCACAGAUGAACUGAGUGAAGAAGUUAAUACCCAACAUGAGGUGAUGCAGCUCGAGACAGCUUCCAAGAUGGAGACCCUCCAUGACUCUGCAAUCAAGUGCAGCGACAUCUUUAAAGCCUUACCUGACCAACAGAAACACAUUGUUUUGACGAUCGGCGUCGCUGGCGUUGGAAAAACCUUCUCAGUGCAGAAGUUCUGUCUGGACUGGGCCGAGGGUUUGGAAAACCAAGAUGUGGAUCUGGUGAUUCCUCUUUCCUUCAGGGAGCUGAACUUGAUCAAAGAUGAGCAGUACAGUCUUCUGGAGCUGCUCCGUGUUUUCCAUCCAUCAUUACAGGAGGUCCCAGCAGAGCAGCUCGCUGGCUCUAAACUUCUCUUCAUCUUUGAUGGCCUGGAUGAAAGCAGACUUUACCUGGAUUUCCACAACAAUAAGGCUGUUUCUGAUGUCACACAGAAGUCAUCAGUCAACAUGCUGUUGACAAACCUCAUCCAGGGGAAGCUGCUUCCCUCGGCUCUCGUCUGGAUAACUUCCCGACCUGCAGCAGCCAAUCAGAUCCCUCCUGCGUGUGUUGACAGGGUAACAGAAGUACGAGGCUUCACUGACGCCCAGAAGGAGGAGUACUUCAGGAAGAGAGUCAGUGAUGAAGAGCUGUCCAGCAGAAUCAUCUCCCACAUCAAGUCCUCCAGGAGCCUCCACAUCAUGUGUCUGAUCCCAGUCUUCUGCUGGAUCACUGCUACAGUUCUGGACCACAUGUUCACUACAGACCAGAGAGGAGAGCUGCCCGAGACCCUGACUGACAUGUACUCACACUUCCUGCUGGUUCAGACAAAGAGGAAGAAGCACAAGUAUGCUGAGGGACAUGAGACGAGUCCACAGGAGCUGAUGGAGGCUGACAGGGAAGUUCUUCUGAAGCUGGGGAGGCUGGCGUUUGAACAGCUGGAGAAAGGAAACAUCAUGUUCUACCAAGAAGACCUGGAGCGCUGUGGUCUGGAUGUCACAGAGGCCUCGCUGUACUCAGGAGUUUGUACACAGAUCUUAAAAAGAGAGAGUGUGAUCUUCCAGAAAACAGUCUACUGCUUCGUUCAUCUGAGCGUUCAGGAGUUUCUGGCUGCAGUCUACCUGUUCCACUGUUACACCAACAGGAACACACAGGUACUCAAGGACUUCCUGGGACCAGACUUCAAGCACAGGCACUUUAACCCAAAGUUUUUUCCCAAGAAGUCUUUUGGGAAGAAAGAUAGCCAUGAUGAAAGUGACAAUGACCAUUACCCAUCCCUGGAUGUCUUCCUGAAGAGAGCCAUGGAGAAAUCCCUUGAAAGUAAAAAUGGCCACCUGGACCUGUUUGUCCGCUUCCUUCAUGGCCUCUCUCUGGAGUCCAACCAGAGACUCUUAGGAGGCCUGCUGGGUCAGACAGACAACAGUCCAGAAAUCAUCCAGAGAGCCAUCAACAACUUGAAGGAGAAGAAGACCAAUAUCUCUCCUGACAGAAGCAUCAACAUCUUCCACUGUCUGACGGAGAUGAACGACCGCUCAGUCCAUCAGGAGAUCCAAAAGUUCCUGAAGUCAAAGAACAGAUCAUGGAAAGAACUCUCUGUGAUCCACUGCUCAUCAAAGAAGAGACUCUCUGUGAUCCACUGCUCAGCUCUGGCCUACAUGCUGCAGAUAUCAGAGGAGGUUAUGGAUGAGUUGGACCUGAGUCAGUACAAAACAUCAGAUGAGGGACGACUGAGACUGAUUCCAGCUGUGAGGAACUGCAGGAAGGCUCGAUUGAGGAGCUGCAGUUUGUCAGAGAUCAGCUGUGCUUCUCUGGCCUCAGUUCUGAAGUCCAACCCCUCCCAUCUGAGAGAGCUGGACCUGAUGGACAACCAGGACUUGAAGGAUUCAGGAGUGAAGCUGCUGUGUGCUGGAUUAGAGAGUCCAAACUGUAGACUGGAGACUCUGGGGUGA